UUUAUAUACACUGAGAGAGAAAAAGAGGCACAUCAAAAGAGAGAGAGAGAUUAAAAAGAAAUAUUAAAUCUUUGCAACAUUUCGAAAUGCAAUUAACAAAAUAAUAAAUGAUUUUAAACGAAACACGUCUAUUAUGCAAAUUAUGAAUUAUUAUUUUCUUCAAUUCUAUUUUCAUUUGACGAAAUGAAAUUACACACACUACAAUUUACUACAGAGAGAGCACACACACGCAUAGUAGGGAUCAGAGUUAAGCAAUAAAAAAAUUUUUUCUUAAUAAUUUCAAGUGUUUAAUAAAAUAUUAAAUUAUUCUUAAACAAUUUCGUUUUUUUUUGUUUGUAAAACCGUAUGGAAGAAAUUUAUUCAAUGGCAAAGCAAAGGAGAAAAAUCACUUAAUUUUUUAUAUUUCGAACGGAUGAAUAAUAAUAAUAAAAAGAAGAAGCAGCAUUAGUUAAAUAGCAAGACAUUUCGUUCGGUCGGUUUUUUUCGAAUCGCGUAUAUUUGCUGUCUGUGGUGUUGUGCUUGCUUUUGUGUCUUCGCACGGUCGCGUAACGCCGCUGAGGCAAAAAUUCAACUGUCUAACAAAGUAAACGCUCGUUUCUUCGUUGCUCGUUAAUGUGAUAGAGUAUUUACUCUCGUAUGAAACGGUAAAAACAAGAACAACACAGCCGAUUUGUCAGACGCAAGUGUGUGUGCGCGUGUGUCAAUGUGCGUUGUGUGUGUGUGAAUUAUAAAGAACGAAAACUUGCCGAGACCGCCAGUAAUAAAGAGCAAUAUAGAUAAGAGAGAGAGAGGGAGAGGAAAUGAGUGCAAAAGUAGCACAAUGUUGAGAGAGUGAGAACGGAGAAAUUUAAACACUGAAAAAAGAAUUAAUUUUAUUUUUUACUUAUCAUGGUGCAACUCUCUACUCUCUCUCCCUGUCGCCCUGCAAAGAGCUAAAAUUAUGAUUUAACAAAUGUACUGUUAUUUUUGCGUUUAUUUUUAUAAUUAGCAACAACAUAAAGAAAUACCUAUUUAAAAAAGAUUAAGAUUGUUUUAAUUUACUAACUAAUGAAGCCUAAAUAAAAACUUCGAAUUGAAAUACAAACAAGAACAAGGCGUUGGACUUCAUUUAAAAACCUUGAGGAAAUUGUACUCUAAACGAGACUGGCGGAGAUUGCAAGUGCUAAUAUUAUACCUAACCAGCAUUAAAAGAAUUUUGCGCCAGUUUUUUUUUUGAAAUUUUACUUUAUUUAAAAGGAAUUAUAAGAGACUGUUUCUAAAGAACAAAUACUAAAUAAAAAGCAAACAAAAAACAUCUAAACCAAAACCUAAGGAGAAAGAAACGAAAGACUUGAACUACACAAAUAGGCAACAACAAAAACAAAAAUCCAAAAAUUACUACAACAAACCAGCAGUAGCAGCGUCAACAACAAAACUAUAUUAAAUGUUUCUAAAACAACAAAUGAAUAUCAAAAAAAUAUUUUCUUGAUUUUACAAGAAUAGAGAGUAGUGGUGUGCCAAGAGACAGAGUUUGAGAGACACAAAGGAAGUUAGAAAAAGGAUAAGAAAGUACCAAAAUAUUCUCUGAAAGAGAGACCAGGCCACAAAGAUUUGUGACCUUACGAGACACAUUUAUGAAAGGUCGGUCCAUCAAACAGACAGCAAAAGCAAAUCAAACGGAAUUUGACAUUUCAUUUAUCAUCAAACAACAAAAAAGCAUAUCACAUCUGCCAGAGAAUAUUCUAGCCAAAACCCACAAACGAUAGAGAGUAAGACGAGCUUCAUCAGAAGGGGAGGAACAACAAUCUACGUAGUUUUCCUCCUCCUCUGGCCACGGCUGUUUUCCAUAUGAAGUGAAUCAUUUCUUUCUUCUGAUCUGAUAAUAUUGGGGGAAAAAGAAAUCAAAAAAGCGGAAAAGGCCAAUAUUAAGAGCAACAAAUGUAUAUUAGCAAUAGCAGCAACAUUGGUAUGGCCACGUUGUUGCAAAACAAUAAGAAUUGCAUGAAAACUUUGACAAAUGGCGGAGCUACAACUGGUGGCAAUCACAUCAUCGUUGGCAAUGUUGUAACCAGUGGCGUUGGCAGCGGUAGCAGCAGCAACAAUACUACCACACUUUCAAGCCAGGUGGUGGGCACUAUAGUGAGUUCGGGAUCAAAUGCAGCUAACACAACUACUACGCUAGUUGGGGCAAAUGUAGGCGGUGGCAGUGGUGCAGGGGGUCCUGUCACCACAUUGGGUGGUAACGUAGUUAUACCGGCCCAAACGCAAACCAUAUUGUUGACAAAUGGAGCAACGGGCGCCUCGACCAUUAUCACCUACCAGCAAUAUCAGCAGCUGUUGCAGCAGCAGCAACAACAACAGCAGCAACGUUUAUUGGUUUCACAAAACUUAGUUAAUGUACCUAUAGGCAAUAUAGUAAGUACCAGCAAUGGCGGAUUGGCAGUUAUUACCGAUUCGUCUAAUGCCAACAACAACAACAACCAGACAAGCACUUCCUCGUCGUUGUCGACGACACAUCAAGGAACUUUCUUGGUUACCAACUCCUCAACGGGUGUGUCACAAUUCCAGCAACAUAUUAAUGCCAAUGGUGUAUCUGUGUCAGGAGGUAAUAACAAUGGCUCUGUGGUAACCUCCAGCGCCUACUUGCAGCCUACUCAGCAGCAACAAGCACGAUUGAUUACUACCAACUCUGGUGGCGGUGGUGGUCAAACUGCAACGAUACGUCAUUUCUCGCAAUUUUCCCAGCAACAGCCUGCCACCAUUGUAAACAAUAUCACCAACAGUAAUCAGUCCCAGCCCCAACGCACUACGGUUUUGAUAAAUCGCAACAACAACACGAUUAUUGCUGGUAAUGCAACACAACGUUUACAACAUGCCACCAUAUUAACAACAACGGGAGCGAAAACACCAACACUAAUCAAAACGCAACAGGUGCUGAAUGCUGCCGGCAAAGGUCAAAUCAUAAAUGUUGUUAAAAGCCCCUCCGCUGUAGCUGUUGCCGCCGCCGCCAACGCUAAUAUCAAUGCCAAGAAUAUUCUUACAAAGCCCAGAACAGCGAUAACUGCCAACUUGCCCCAACAACAGCGUUUUGGUACCGUCACCACCGCCAACAUUCAGCAAUUGAGACCACAGCAACAGCAACAAUUGAAAAUUGUGAAAACUCAAAACAUACCACAACGUGCCACUAUAUUAAAUAAUAUAAUACCGUCGUCGUCUACGUCGUCGUCGACAACUACAUCUUCUGCUACAGCAACAACACUCCUGAAUAACAGCAAUUUAACCAAAAAUCAUCAUUUUUUAAAUAAAACUCAAAUAACGGCUGCGUCGUUGUCUUCAGCAACUAAAACCGUUGUAGUAUCUUCGCCAGCUUCCUUAUCAUUAACUUCAUUACCAUUUUCGUCGUCAUCAUCGACAUCUUUGUCAUUGAAGACAACCACAGUUAAUGCUAACAUCUCAUCAUCCGCCCCAUCGUCAUCAUCCGCCGCCGCCGCCGCUUCCACCUUAACUUAUACGCAACAAACUGCACCACUGAAUCAAAUGAAUGGACAUUUGAUAAAUAAUUUUAAUAAGAAUCCAAAUAAAAACACAACAACAAAUUUGCAACAACCCGCCUCUAAAUUAGUUCCUAAUGGCCAUAUAAUCCAUGUUACAUCAAAUAACCACAACACCACCAGUAACUAUGCAUCAACAGCUGCAGUAUCCUCAUCAUUUGCAGCCUCCACCACAACUACUCCAGUAGUGAAUUCUCUUAGUUUGUCCUCUUAUGCUGCAACGCCAUUCUCUUCAUUGUCGUCAUCCAAGUCUAGUACAACAUCCACUACUACCACCACAAAUCUAUCAGUGGUAGCUCCCAACUCCAAUGCCGCAGGAACACAAAACAGCAAUACCCCAUCAUUAGCUUCAAUAAGUAAAAGUGAUACUUCGAUUGCUGCCUACACAACAACGUCACCCAACAAUAGUGUAGCAAAUAAUAGCAGUACAGAAGGUGUUGCCCCAGAUUCGAAUGCAACAGCAGUAGCUGCCCCGGAACCGGAAGCUGAACCCGAAAUUGAUAUUGUCAUUAACAAUGUUGUAUGUUCCUUCAGUGUUCGUUGUCAUUUAAAUUUGCGUGAAAUUGCUUUGAAUGGUGCAAAUGUAGAAUAUCGACGAGAAAAUGGCAUGGUAACAAUGAAAUUACGUCGUCCUUAUACAACAGCCUCUAUUUGGUCCUCGGGUAGAAUAACAUGCACUGGAGCCACUUCUGAGGAACAGGCAAAAAUAGCAGCACGUCGUUAUGCUCGUACUUUGGAGAAAUUGGGUUUUCGAGCUCGUUUUCAUAAUUUCCGCGUGGUUAAUGUUUUGGGCACUUGCAGCAUGCCUUGGGCCAUAAAAAUAGUAAAUUUUUCCGAAAAAUAUCGGGAAGAGGCAAGCUAUGAACCUGAAUUACAUCCUGGCGUAACAUACAAGCUCCGUUAUCCCAAAGCCACAUUAAAAAUAUUCUCUACGGGCAGUAUAACAGUUACUGCUGCUAGUGUUGCACAUGUUCAAAACGCCAUUGAACAUAUAUUCCCGCUUGUCUAUGAGUUCCGCAAGAAACGUUCCCCCGAAGAGUUGGAACAGCUUCGUCUGAAACAACUACAAAAUGCAACAUUUGAAGAUAUUAUUGAAGCUGAUGAGACAUUAGGCGGGUCAAGUGCGAGUGGAGAUUUUGCAAAUUCUUCAAAAUCUCUGCAACGCCGACGUAUUUCGAAUUCAUUCACUAAAUUUCCCAAUGCCAAAAGAAAACGUACCCAAUUCACUGGUGGAGUUGUUGAUGUUGACGAUGAGGAAUUUGAUGCUGAUGAUCCUGAUAAUACAAUAAUAGAUGGUACUGGUGGUGGUGGUGGCGGUGAUGAUGACGACGAUAUUGUUAUGUAUGAUCCCAACGAAUCAAUUAUAGCUGGUCCUGAAGAUGAAGACGAUGAUUUGUAAGAAUAUAUUGAAUAUAUAUACAUAUAUAUAAAAGUAUACUUCGUAUAUAAUAUACAUACAUACAUAUAUACAUACCAAUAUGUAUUGCAUACUAAGAAGAAUCACUCAUAUAGAUUCACAACCCAUCGCCCCACACCCCCCAGAUGGAAUUUAUUUUGGGGAGGGGGCGUGGUGCAAAUGUUCGUUUUUAAAAGCAUAUCUUUAAUAAAGCCUAGAAAACAAACCAAGCAAACAACCAAACAAACAAACCACAUAUAUGCCGAUUAUGAGUUAGAAGAACCAAAUGACAAUUUAUAUCAUUUGUUAAGGCGGAGAAGAAUCAUCGAUAUGUCAACUCCACCACAAUCAACACGACCAUCAUCAUUCAGCUUCUCCAAAUGUAUCACAUCAUGUAUCAAAGCAUCUGUAACGCAUCUAUACAAUAUUUGAAGCAACAAAUAAAUCAAAUCGACUUUUUAUUAUAUAUAAUUAAUAAUCUAGUGAAAUUUAGAGCCAAAAAUUUAAUGCAAAUGCAAACUUUUAAUUUUAAGAUGUUUUAUAAACUGCUGCCAGUGUGUGCUUUUUUGUUUUUCAACAACUACAACAACAACAACAAUUAGAAAUUAAAUAGCAUAUUAUUUAUCUCGUUUUAUGUGAGUCAUACAACAACAAAACAACCAACAAUCAAUCAAUCACCUACAAUACAAGCAACAACAAACAACAUAAAAAAAACAACAACAAUAGAUUUUAAAAAAGACCUACAAACAACAAAGAAAGAAAACCUAGUAUACUAUAAGAAGCAACAAAAUCCUAAAACAAUUCAACAACAACAACAAUAACAAUAUGAAGUUAAUUAUAAUUUUCACAUUGUCGUCUUGUAAUUCAUCAACUUGCGAUUAUUAUUAUUAUCAUUAUUAUUAUUAUUAUAUGAUUAGAAUUAUCAUUAUUAUUAUUUCUUCAAAGGAAACCACCGCCUUUUUAUUUAAACAAAUUAAUUAAUUGAAACUGUUCGUAAUAUUAACAAAGAAGAGAAACAACAAACAAAAUAAAAACAAAAUAAUUUUAAUUUUAAGUGUUUUCUGUUAUAAUUAUAACAAAAAAAAAGAGAAAGAGAAAAAGAAGAAGAUUUAGUAACAGUGGAAAUGGAAAUUGUGUUAUAUUUUUAAUGUUCUCUAAACACACACACACACAUACCCACACUCGUAUCCAAGCAAAGUGAAUAAAGAAACAUUUUUGUUUUGUUUAUUUUUAUUAUUAUUUAAAAAUUUUUUCGUUGUGGAAAGAAUUCAUCACUUUUCAAUUAUUAAUUUCUAUGCAAAGAAAGAAAAAACGUUAUUUGUUUUUUUUUUAACAUUUUAAAUUUCUUUAUGUAUAUGCUGCUCUGCACACACUACCUACAACUCUCUACUGUAUCUGGUCACUUGAAAACCAAUUUUUAUUUUAUAAAUACACAAAAUUAUUUCAUCUUAUGAAAAACCAAGCUUAAGCUAGGCAUGUUAAUUUAAAUACAAAACUUACAAAUAAAAAAAAACAACCAAUUCGUUUAGUUUGUGAAAUACACACAAUCAACUUUUAAACUUAA